GGAAAUCCAGAGAAAUAAUAUAUUAUGUACAUGAAAAACAAAUAACUGAGUGUAAAACUGUAAAAUCACAGAUUUGGGUCAUGGUUUAAGAUAGUCUAUAUCACUAUAACAUAUAGUCUAUAACCUAACCAUGUUUAAUACACGGGUAAAAUAUCUUUAAUUUUAAUAAAAUCAUUACGAUUUUUAAGCUUUUAUAUUUUAUAUUUUUCUCAGCAAAUAGCAAUCGACAUCUGAUUCUCUACCGUGACUGUUCUCGGUAAAUAUCUUUUUUUAUGGUUCUCGGUCUCGUUGACAAUCAAAACAACUAAUUCCUUUUGUCUUUUUUAUCCAGUCCAUUUACAUCUUAGAUUUGUAUAAUAAUUGUUUUUCUUUUAUUCGGUACCUAAUAACUUAAAUUAACAUGCCCAACAAAAAUCAACUACACACCACAGUGGUUCAACAUACAGAUACAACAAACAGUCAGAAACAAUCGAUGAUAUCGUUGCCUGUACGUAGAAAUAUAAAUAACUCAAAAGUCAAAUUUAGUCCAAUCUCAAAAAUAUCACAAAGUUCUUCAAAAACAAUGAACCGCAAUAUAAAUAAAUUUGAAUCAGUAUUUAAUCAGAAAGAACAAUCACUAAUUCCAUUACAUUUAACAAUUUCAAAAGAAUUGACUAUUACCCCUGUCAAUGAUAUAAAAAAUAAUAUAAUAUCAAAGGUAAAAAAAUAUCCUGAAAUUUCUAUUGAUUUAAUUAAAUUUGAGCCAAUAUUUAAAGUUCCUGAACCUCCAAAACUUAAGAACAAAAAUACUAAAAAAAAUAUACCAUCUAAUAUAUUAAAAGAUAAAGAAGCUACUAAUACUAUUAUACUUAAUUCAACUAUGAAUUCAAAUGUAUGUGAAACUUUCAAGCAAAAGCCAAAACAAAUAUUUAAUAAAACUCCAUUGAUAAUAAAGAGUUCAGAUAAAGAUAUUUUAAAAAAUCCAGAAGCUUCUAAUAAAAUGUAUUUCGUCUUAGAACAAGAAGGUGUUCAAAAACCUAGUUCUUCCAAAAUUCUUUCAAAAAAUGUACAAAGUUCUGUGAUUAAAUCAAUAAAUUUAAAAACUGAUAAACCAGUAGAAGAAGUAUCAAACAAUCAAAAUACAAUUAAUGAUCUCGAGAAUAAAGAGUUUUUAAUGGGAUUUAAUAAAUAAUAUUUACACAGUAACGUGGAUAUAGCAAGUUCUCAAAAUUUUACCAAAAAAGAACUACCCAUAAGUAAUUAUUGAAGUUGGCUAUGUUUUCAGAUUUUACAAGAUGUUUAAUACUUAAUUAAAUAUUAAAUUGAUCCAAUGAUAUAAAUUCAGAGUUAGAAUCUUAAUCUUCUUACAGUAGAAAUUCUUUACUGGGUAUUACAUUCGAACAAUUACAAAUACUUAAGUAAUAAAAAAAUAUAUAUAUAUAUAUAAUCAGAAAAUGGUAAGAUUAACAAGACUACAACAUAAUGUUAUGAAUUUAUCCAUUAAGCAAAAAGACAAUCAACUGAAAAAUGUACCCAAAAAUUAAAACAAAUUAAUAAAAUUCAACGCAUCUAUACAAAUAGUAUAAAAGAUUCAACAAAUCUUUAGUCUAAUCAAAAUCAAAAUAGUGAUAAAAGAAAAUCAAAUCAAAAUGGGCUGUAUAAACGACAAAAGAUGGAAGUUCUAGAGGAG